CUGCGUUUUUUAAGAGACUUUGUUUGAUCAUAUAUCAUCUUUCUCCUUCAUCUUCCCCCUUCCCCUUCCCUUUCUCUGUACUCCAACCCCUCCCUCUUGUUGUUUUUAAUUUCUUAAAAAAUAGAAAAGAAAAAUAAACCCCACCCUUUUUAUUGCUGUAGCUAUUCAAAUCCUUUUGUUUUCUUCGAGUCCCAGAGAGGCCCUUUCUUUUUCCUUCCUUAAAAUAAACAAAUCCUCCACCCCAAAACUGUUUUUAAUCUAAACCCCAUAAUUUUAUAUAUAAUUUUCUUUUUUUUAAAGAAAAAGGGGAAAAUAUUUUUAAUCCUUUGUUUUUCCUUAUUUUGUGUCGUCCUUUGAUGCUGGCAUGGCUGAUCUUGAUUUAGGCACUGCUUCUCGCUAUUUUCAUCAGCUUCAUAGACCGGACCUUCACCUCCAACACCAACCUGAACCGGAAGAACAAGAAGCUUCCAACAACCGUGUUGGUGGUCACUAUGGGUCAGCUGACCAUCACCGAGACGAUGGUUCACGCCAAGCCCUGGAUUUAGUCAACGCGGGCAACUCGGGUGCGGGUGACCUUGUUGCCCGUAGGCCCAGAGGUCGUCCUCCAGGUUCCAAGAACAAACCCAAGCCUCCAGUCAUCAUCACAAGGGAGAGUGCAAACACGCUCCGAGCUCACAUUCUUGAAGUUGGGAAUGGCUGUGAUGUGUUUGACUGUGUUGCCAACUACGCUCGGAGAAGGCAAAGGGGAAUCUGCAUACUGAGUGGAAGCGGUACGGUGACCAACGUGAGCAUUAGGCAACCAGCUGCAGCUGGGGCUGUAGUUACCCUUCAUGGCAGAUUUGAAAUACUAUCACUUUCGGGUUCGUUUUUGCCACCGCCAGCUCCUCCAGGUGCUACGAGCUUAACAAUCUAUUUGGCUGGCGGGCAAGGCCAGGUUGUAGGAGGAAGUGUAGUUGGGGAACUGAUGACGGCAGGGCCUGUUAUUGUCAUAGCUGCAUCGUUCACAAAUGUGGCCUAUGAAAGGCUGCCUUUAGAAGAGGAUGACCAGUUGCAGAUGCAAAACGGCAGCGGUGGCGGAGGAAGCGGUGGUGGAAAUAACAUGUUUGGUGAUGGGGGAAGUGGGGCUGGUGGGUUGCCUUUCUUGAAUUUGCCUCUGAAUAUGCCGCCUAAUGUGCAGUUACCUGUUGAAGGAUGGCCUGGAAAUUCAGGUGGUCGACCCCCGUUUUGAGAUCAAGCUUGGGUCAAAAUGAGAGCUUUGGACGGAAAAUUAAAAACUGCUCAAAAGCGGGUUUCAUUGGUGAUAUAAUCGGGAUUCUUGGAUCAUAAAGGUCAGGAAAUUCAUGGACUACUUAUCAUCCUCAUCAUUAUCAUGCUGCUUCUUCUUCUUCUUCUCCCACUUCCUCUGAUGUUGAUGUUAAUCUUAGUUUUUUUUUUUUCCCUUUUUGAUCUUUGUUUUAGUAUUUUUCUUUUUCUGAUUUUGGAAUCUAUAAUUUCUGGAAAUAGUCCUUUCUCUUGUUCAUGGUGGACUUUCUUCUUUCUCCCUAUAAGAAAUGGUUUGAUGAUGUAUUAAUUUAACUCUUGUUGGAUAAUAUCAGUCACUGAAUUCCAGUGUUACUAA